CUGAUCGCUACUCAUCCGCCCCAGCAGUCCACAACUGAAAUCCACUGCAACGUUUGGGAUUGGGAUCGGCUGCGACUGAUCAAAGUGAAAGGAACAGCCAAGCUCUUCCGGCCUGAAGAGGAUGUUGAGGUCUCAGUUCUUGCGCAGUUCGCUGAUUUCCUUUCGCCGGAGGUUCGUGUAAUCAUGGUCGACGAUAACGGGCUUCUCACUGGCGUCUCGACGGAUCCGGAAGAAGAUGAUACAUUCUUUAUUGGGUAUCUUCCUUUUUCAAUGUGUCAAUCGCUCGCAAAUUGCUCUACAAUCUACUUCUCGAAACUGAGAGAGCUCGAUCGGCUUGGACCAGGUGUCGAUCUGGUAUCGCAUAACGAACAAGAGGUCGCAUUUAAGUUCGACCCUCUAGGUAUGCCUCGACGAUUACAAAUGUCCUGGAAGGAGAUGGACCUGCUCAGCAAAAUCCCACCACAUCCCAAUAUAGUAACGCUCAGAUCCAUCUGGUAA